UAUUGUUGCCUUCUCUUCUCGUAUUUUGUUGGAUUUAUUUUAAUAUUUCUCCAGUGAUUUCACAAUUUUCAAGUGUUUUUGGUACUUCACGUAUUCCUUGUGUAUAUAAUGUCUGCAUCAAACACAGAUAAAGAUGAGAAUUUUGACCAGUUCGACGAGGAAGAUUCAGAACAACAGCUCGGCUCAUCGCAGUCCGGUCGUAAGCGGCUCUUCGGCAAAGAACUUCGCUGCAUGAUGUACGGAUUCGGGGAUGACCAGAAUCCAUAUACAGAGAGUGUAGACUUCCUCGAAGACCUCGUCAUAGAGUUUAUUACUGAAACUACUCACAGGGCUAUGGAGGUAGGUCGAACUGGCAGAGUCCAAGUAGAGGAUAUCAUAUUCUUGGUACGCAAAGACCCCAGAAAGUAUGCUCGAGUCAAGGACCUUCUCACAAUGAAUGAAGAGCUCAAGAAGGCAAGGAAGGCCUUUGAUGAAGUCAAAUAUGUUGAAUAAAAGACAUAACAGUUAAUGGUGGAGUUAAUAUUCGAGGACCUGGAAGAUGGAAUGUAUAUUAUUAAAGAUAUGAUCAUGAAGUUAUCCUUAUGGACUCAUGUGGAUUUACGAGUAAUAGGUGGGUUGACAAUGUGUCAAUAUACAUUAUGAUAAUUUGGUAAGGAAUAAAAAGACUACUUAAUUUUA